CCAGCCUGGGAACCAACAAACACCAGCAAUUAAGGAACAACCGCUUUAUUUCAACUUUUGUCCAUGUCCCACUGUAUAACUUUGUCCUGUCAGGAGUUCACAGCUGAACAACGCACAGAUCAGUCCAUUUGAGUGUUCUGGUUGGAUCCAACAAGAUCACAUGGGAAGUCGGCUUGCUGUCUCCGAGAGUUCCAGUACUCUAGGAUCGGCCACAUUAUGCCAACUCAUCCACAAGCUCCAUCAGACGUGUUUGCAUUGGCUCCAGCAUGUUUACCUUCCCCCGUGGCAAAACCGGAAGCACAUUGCGUCAGAAGUGAGAUGGGUUCGGAUCCCGUGUUGAAACCACCUGUACAGAUGAAAACAAACUCGCUUCACAACUCGAUACUGACGUACCUCUGUGGACAUUUAACCUAGAAAAUGGAGCUCACACUUCCCCAUAAAACAACGCUUUGGCAACUGGGGGCAGUCUUUCAAAUUUCGUUCAGCUGCUGGUGGGGAGCAAAUGGCAGAAGGAUCUGUUUUCACUGAAGCGAGUAAGGAUGAAGGGGGUCCCAGCAUCUCCCCUGACCCCGUCGGGACCAUUAGCUCACCUCAGAGAAACUUCCUGCUGGAUUACACACAAGAGGAAGGUGUUACGUGUUCCAAACAAGACUCUUACGGGUGCUUUGUGAAUCCUUGGGCAACAUGGCAGUUCCCGUCUUACAGUACCAUCACGCGGCUGUUCCUCAUGGAGAAGAACAACAGUAAUAUUCCCAGUUCCAAAGAGGUUCUGGACAAACACUUGCCCAUUCUGGAGCCUUAUUUUAUUCAGCACCAAGAUCAGUGCGGACAGACCGGCUCAUCUCUGCGAGUGACCUGGCUGGGUCACGCUACUGUCCUGGUGGAGAUGGAGGGACUGGUGAUUCUGACAGACCCCAUGUUCAGCCAGAGAGCCUCUCCAGUUCAAUUUAUGGGACCGAAGCGUUACCGCGACCCGCCUUGCACUGUAGAACAGCUUCCUCGCCUGGAUGUGGUCGUGAUCAGUCAUACACACUAUGAUCAUCUGGACGCAGGUUCAGUGAAAGCGCUCAAUGCUCGGUUUGGUUCUGACCUGCACUGGUUUGUGCCACUUGGCCUUGCGGACUGGAUGCAGAAGGCAGGCUGUGAGAAUGUCAUUGAGUUGGACUGGUGGGUGGGAAACCACAUUCCUUUGCACGAUGAUGUCACAUUUUUUUGCACACCAGCACAGCACUGGUGCAAACGCUUGCCUUUGGAUGGAAAUAAAGCAUUAUGGGGUAGCUGGACUAUCGUGGGGGCCCAUAAUCGCUUCUUCUUCGCUGGCGAUACGGGAUACUGCUCUGCAUUUCAAGAGAUCGGAAACCGCUUCGGACCAUUUGACCUGGCUGCCAUCCCGAUCGGAGCAUACCUGCCCAGAGGGAUCAUGAAAUCUCAGCAUGUGGACCCAGAGGAGGCUGUUCAGAUCCACAAGGACAUAAGGGCAAAAAACUCGCUGGCCAUUCACUGGGGGACGUUUGCUUUAGCCUAUGAGCAUUAUCUAGAACCUCCAGCAAAGUUACGUGCUGCUAUGGUGAAUUGUGGACUGAAUCCAGAUCAGUUCUUCACUCUUCAUCACGGAGAGUCACGGAUGAUCGAGCAGUGACAACAUGCACCAUUAGCUCUAAAAAACAAAAUACAAAAAUGUGGGAAGGGAAGUACACAGACGAUACACAAACACACAUAUCCUCUGACUUGUAUACAUAUUUUGGAACUGCAAUUUGUGCUAAUCCAGUGGCUGGACUCUGGAUUUAAUAUAAUAUGAAUGUUGAAAUCAAUAGUUUAGAUGUAUUUUUUGAUUACCAUUUUCAUCAAAUAUCAUGGUCUGGCUGUAAUAAAAUAAUCAAUAAAAUUGAGCUUUUGUGUGACAAAUACAGUAUUUAGAAGCUCUCUCU